CCAUUUCCUGUGACAAGUAGUAAUGUUUUAUUAUCUUCUUUUUCUUCUCUAGUGUUGAUGCAGUGAAUUUCACACUGCAAAAUAGAUGAGGGAAGACUAUAUGGCCAGGGAUCCAACCUGGAUCUUGAAAACCUCAACUAAUGGAUGGCAGGCUUGAGUUAAGACCAGGUGAAUCAGUAGAUGUCAAUGCACCACAGGCGUGGUCAGGCUGUUUUUGGGGUUGUUGCAGCUGAUCAUUUGAUAUCUCUAGGCUGUGUGACUGGUGAUCAUGGUGGGGUUCUAAAAUGUGCUGGGGCAGGCGGUGCGCCACCCACAACCCUUGCAAAGUUUACCCUUAAUAGCCCAGUAGAUUUUUAUGAUGGCUACAACAUGCCAGUUUCGAUAUUCCCUACAGGUGGGUCUGGUGAAUGCAAGGUAGUGACAUGUGUUUCAGACUUGAACUGGAACUGCCUCAAGGACCUGCAAGUUCUAAGAAAUGGUUGUGUUGCAGCUUGUAACAGUGCAUGCAUGGCAUUCAACAAGCCUGAGUAUUGCUGCACUGGUGCUUACAGUACUCCUGUGACAUGCAAGCCAACAGAUCAUUCUAAAGUGCUCAAGGUUUCUUGUCUUACAUCUUAUAGCUAUGCAUAUGACAACCCGACAAGCACUUUUACAUGCAAAGGAGCUAAUUAUGUGAUCAGAUUUUGUUGAAAUUCAUGUUAUAGAGAUAAAAAUAAACA